GACAGUGAAAGACUUCCUCUCAAAGCUGUUUAAAUGAGAAUGUCCCUGGCCCAAAGAGUACUACUGACAUGGCUUUUUACGUUACUCUUCCUAAUCAUGCUGGUGCUGAAGCUGGAUGAGAAAGCACCGUGGAACUGGUUCCUCAUUUUUAUUCCAGUCUGGAUAUUUGAUACUAUUCUUCUAGUUAUGUUAAUUGUAAAAAUGGCUGGACGGUGCAAGUCCGGCUUCGACCCUCGCAAUGGCUCCCAAAACAUGAAGAAAAAAGCCUGGUACCUGAUUGCAAUGCUGCUGAAGUUAGCCUUCUGCCUCGCCCUCUGCGCUAAACUGCAGGGAUUUACUGUGAUGAAACUGGCCUAUGUAUUUAUCCCUCUGUGGGCCUUGCUUAUCGGGGGUAUGGUUGAACUUGGGUAUAAUAUCUUCUAUGUACGAAGAGACUAA